AUGGACCAAAAGUAUCCUGACCUAAGAGCGAAGUUGCCUCGAAACCUGGGCUUAUUCUACGGUGGAGAAUUCCACGAGCCACAGACCGCCGAGUUCAUCACGGUCACGAGUCCCAUUGACGGGCAAGAAAUCACCAAAGUCCCCUCCGCCGGCGCAUCAGACACGGUCGCCGCACUAGAAGCAGCACAGACGGCCUUUGAAUCAUGGCGUGACGUGUCAACUGUGGACCGAUGCAAUCUGAUUCGCAAGGCGGCUCAAAUUCUUCGCGAUCACAAAGAGGAGCUGGCGGUACUCGAUGCCUGGAACAUCGGCAGCCCCGUGACGAUCAUGCGCCUCGAAGUCGAGUAUGCCGCCAUGAACCUGGACAUGCUGGCUGGCCUGCCGUUCGCGGUGACGGGAGACACGCACAACCUCACCUCUGAUAUGUUUCACUACACGCUUCGAGAGCCCCUGGGAGUGGUGGCGCGGAUCGUCGCGUACAACCACCCGAUCCUGAUGGUUGCGGUCAAACUGCUUUUUCCGGUCGCGGUGGGGAAUACCGUGGUGCUCAAGGCCGCGGAACAAGCGCCACUGUCGGCGCUGCGGUUUAUAGAACUGCUUGCGCCCGUCUUUCCCAAGGGCGUGAUCAAUGUCCUGACGGGUGGCAAAUCAUGCGGCGAGACUCUUUCCAGCCAUCCGAUAGUGCAGCGGGUCACGCUGGUUGGGAGUGUCCCGAUCGGACGAAUGAUCUCCAAGGCGGCAGCCGAUACCCUGAAGCUGACUACGUUCGAGCUCGGAGGGAAGAACGCUCUUGUAGCCUACCCAGACGCCGAUGUUCCAGCAUUGGUGGAUGGCAUUGUCAAGGGCAUGAAUUGGAGCUGGUGCGGUCAGUCGUGCUCGUCGACAUCGAGAGUCUUCUUGCAUGAAAGCCUCCACGAUAGAGUGCUGGAGGCGGUUGUAGACAAGAUUACCUCCGAUUAUCAGCCCGGAGAUCCACUCGACGAUAACACUACCAUGGGUGCGCUUGUCGACCAAAAGGCUAUGGCUCGAGUACAAAAGUACAUCGCCAUGGGCAAAGAAGACGGUGCCAGACUCGUCCUCGGUGGGGAGCCCACAACCCCAAUUUCCGGAGGGUCUUUCAUGAUGCCGACCGUGUUCGCGGACGUUGAGCAAAGCAUGCGCAUUGCCCGAGAAGAAAUCUUCGGCCCUGUCAUGUGUGUUCUGAAGUGGACGGAUGAGGCCAAAAUGUGGGAGGAUGUCAACUCGGUCGAGUACGGGCUGACGGGUGCUAUUUACUCGUCGAAUGUGGCCACCGCGCAUAAAGCCGCCAAGAAGAUGGAGGCGGGGUAUAUCUGGGUGAAUACGAGUAGUACGCAUUUUCUAGGCAUUCCUUUCGGCGGAUACAAACAAUCAGGGAAGGGCAGAGAGCACGACUUGCAAGAACUGUAUGACAUGACUCAGCUCAAGGCAGUUCAUGUAUGCUUGUAG